ACCAUGGAGACGGGCUAACAGAUUAGUACAGGCUGUCUUCAGAGGGAGUCUCCCCAUCUCCAGGCAGCCAGAGACACGCCACAAUGGAGGUCCUGAGGGAGACACUGGAGGAGGAGGGGGAGGAGGAAGUGGCCAAGCAUAAGGAGGAAGCCGAGAAGGCCGAACAGGUGGAAACAGCUGUGAAAACCGCGAAGCCGGCAGAGGCUCCAAAGGAGGAUACCAUCCUGACCCCGGAGAUGCUCAGGGACCUGGAUAAGAAGCUGUCGGAAACUGAGACCCUUGUCCCCACGGAGUCCCCACUCUUCACCAAGGAAACCAUCGACACCUCCCAGCUGCCUGUUUCCUACAAAACCAACAGCCCUAAGGAGGAGCACCUGCUGCAGGUGGCGGACAACUUCUCCCGCCAGUACAGCCACCUGUGUCCGGACCGCGUGCCCCUCUUCUUGCACCCGCUGAACGAGUGUGAAGUGCCCAAGUUCGUGAGCACGACCAUCCGGCCCACGCUGACGCCCUAUCCCGAACUCUACAACUGGGACAGCUGCGCCCAGUUCGUCUCCGACUUCCUCACCAUGGUACCCCUGCCCGACCCCCUGAAGCCGCCCGCGUACCUGUACUCCUCCACCACGGUGCUCAAGUACCAGCUGGGGAACUGCUUCGACUUCAGCACGCUGCUGUGCUCCCUGCUCAUUGGCUCCGGCUACGACGCCUACUGCGUCAACGGCUACGGCUCGCAGGACCUGUGCCUCAUGGACCUGACGCGGGAGGUGUGCCCGCUCACCGUGAAGCCCAAGGAGGUAUGGCCAGACCGGCGCCAGCCGACGGUGGCAUCGCAAAGGAUGUGUGUUCCCAGCACCGUCCGCCAUAAAACUUCCAAGAAGGAGGAAAAGCCACCCCCUAAGAAGUACGCCAUAAAGCCUCCCCGAGACCUGAGCAGCAAGUUUGAGCAGGAGCAGGAGAAAAAACGGCAGAUGGAGAUCAGAGCCCAGGAGGAGAAGCGGCUACAGGAGGAAGAGGAGCGCCUCAUGGAGGCAGAGAAGGCAAAGCCCGACUCCUUGCACGGCCUGCGGGUGCACUCCUGGGUCCUGGUGCUGUCGGGGAAACGCGAAGUACCGGAGAGCUUCUUCAUAGACCCGUUCACGGCUCGCAGCUACAGCACCCAGGACGACCACUUCCUGGGCAUCGAGAGCCUCUGGAACCACAAGAACUACUGGAUCAACAUGCAGGACUGCUGGAACUGCUGCAAGGACUUGGUCUUUGACCUGGGAGACCCUGUGAGGUGGGAGUACAUGCUCUUGGGCACCGAUAAACCUCACCUGUCCUUGACUGAGGAAGACGACAUCGAUCUGAACGACGACGAUGACGUGGAGAAUCUGGGCAAGGAGGAUGAGGAUAAGAGCUUCGAUAUGCCACACUCGUGGGUGGAGCAGAUCGAGAUCUCCCCAGAAGCAUUCGAGACCCGCUGCCCGAACGGGAAGAAGGUGAUCCAAUACAAGAGGGCCAAGCUGGAGAAGUGGGCGCCAUACCUCAACAGUAACGGCCUCGUGUGCCGCCUCACCACCUACGAGGACUUGGAGUGCACCAAGACCCUGGAGAUCAAGAAGUGGUACCAGAACCGGGAGGACAUGCUGGAGCUGAAGCACAUAAACAAGAGGACGGGCCUGAAUAUCGACUACUUCAAGCCGGGUCACCCCCAGGCUCUGCGUGUGCACUCAUAUAAAUCCACACAGCCUGAGAUGGACCGGGUCAUGGAGUUCUACGAAACGGCCCGUGUGGAUGGCCUGGUAAAGCGGGAAGAGACGCCCAAGACGAUGACCGAGUACUACCAAGGACGCCAGGACUUUCUCUCCUACCGCCACAUCAACUUUGGGCCCAGGGUCAAGAAGCUCACUCUGAACAGCGCAGAGUCAAACCCCCGGCCCAUUGUGAAAAUCACCGAGCGGUUCUUCCGCAACCCGGAGAAGCCUGCGGAUGAGGACGUGGCGGAGCGCACGUUCCUGAUCGCGGAGGAGCGAAUCCAGCUGCGCUUUCACUGUCGCGAGGACCACAUCACCGCCUCCAAGCGCGAGUUCCUGCGGCGCACGGAGGUGGACAGCAAGGGCAACAAGAUCGUCAUGGCUCCCGAUAUGUGCAUCAGCUUCGAGGUGGAGCCCAUGGAGCACACCAAGAAGCUUCUCUACCAGUAUGAGACCAUGAUGCGCCUGAAGGACGAGGAGAAGUUGUCCAGACAUCAGGCCUGGGAGUCAGAGCUGGAGGUGCUGGAGAUCCUGAAGCUCCGAGAGGAGGAGGAGGAGUCCCACACACUGACCAUCUCCAUCUACGACACCAAGCGCAAUGAGAAGAGCAAGGAGUAUCGGGAGGCCAUGGAACGCGUGAUGCACGAGGAGCACAUGCGGCAGGUGGAGACCCAGCUGGACUACCUGGCGCCGUUCCUGGCCCAGCUCCCGCCGGGGGAGAAGCUGACGCGCUGGCAGGCGGUGCGACUCAAGGACGAGUGCCUCAGUGACUUCAAGCAGCGUCUCAUCGACAAGGCCAACCUCAUCCAGGCCCGCUUCGAGAGGGAGACCCAGGAGCUGCAGAAGAAGCAGCAGUGGUACCAGGAGAACCAGGUGACCCUGACGGCCGAGGAUGAAGACCUGUACCUGAGUUACUGCUCCCAGGCCAUGUUCCGCAUCCGCAUCCUGGAGCAGCGGCUCAAUCGACACAAGGAAUUGGCCCCACUGAAGUACUUGGCUCUGGAGGAGAAGCUCCACAAGGACCCACGCUUGAUGGAGUACCUGAAAGUCUUUGCUUGACUCCUCUCCUGGGACCUUGGCUAAAGCUGCCAAGAAAGGAGACGUGUCCCCACAGCCUAGCCCCUGUGUUCCCUACAUCCGGCUACUGCCUAUCCACCCAGAUACCUGGCCUCAUGGCCACAGCACCCCUUCCCCGCAGCUCUAUCUGUUCCUGCUUCUCAUGAUCUCCCUGUAAAUAAACACACAUUUA